CUCAACCACACCCCCUCCUCGUCGCCGCUCGACCUCACCCUCAUUCCUUUCCAGCGGCAAUGCAUCUCUUCAGGUAUUUAGCUCUCACGGUAUUGUCGUUGACGGCCGUCUCAGCGAAAAAAGCCCCCUCCGCAACAAAGUUCAACACGUACUUGGCCCAGCAAGCAGUAGCUGCACCAAUCGAACUCGACGAGACCGCCUACGCCGAACUGACCACCGCUCCCCGAGAUUACUCGCUCGCCGUGCUCCUAACUGCGCGAGCUCCCAAAUACUCGUGUGGAAUAUGUCGCGAGUUCGACACAGAGUGGAAAAUACUCGGUAGCAGCUGGCAUCGACAGGACAAGACUGGUCAACAUCGAGUCUUGUUUGGAACUUUGGAUUUUGAUCAGGGCAAAAAUGUCUUUCUCCAGCUUCAACUACAAACUGCACCCGUCCUCUUGUACUUCCCUCCUACGGUAGGCCCGAACGCCAAAUCCGACCCUGUCCCUGUUCGUUUCGACUUCCUCGGACGACAAACGGCGGAAGGAAUUCAUGCCUGGAUUACAAGACACCUGCCGGCUGGUAACAACUACCCGAAUGUCUCUCGACCGAUCAAUUAUGGCCGGAUUGGAGCCACCAUCACCAUUGUCCUCGGCGUUUUCACCUUCUUGACCGUUGCAUACCCAUAUAUCCUACCCAUCAUCCAGAACAGAAACCUAUGGUCCGGCAUCAGUCUGAUCUUGAUCCUCCUCUUCACCAGUGGCCAUAUGUUUAACCACAUCCGCAAAACACCCUACGUGGCUGGAAAUGGUCGAGGCGGGAUUUCAUACUUUGCGGGGGGGUUCCAAAAUCAAUUUGGAAUGGAGACCCAGAUUGUUGCUGCUAUGUACGCCCUUCUUGCAUUUGGCGCAAUCAACCUGGCCCUUCGUGUGCCCCGGAUCAAGGACUCCAGAACUCAACAAGUGGCGGUCAUUAUCUGGGUCACUGUGCUAUUUGGCAUGUAUAGCUUCUUGAUGAGAGUCUUCAGAAUCAAGAACGGAGGAUAUCCUUUCUGGUUGCCUCCUUUCUAGGGGAAAGGUUGACAUCUACUACACUACUGUACUAUAGACGCCGUCCUGGAAGACGCAAUAAAAGUAGAGGUUCGUUCUCAAGGAUAGACCAUUGUAUCGAGCCGGGAGGGUUAGAGCUCAAUUAAGAUAAAAAUGACAACAGCAUAUGGAUGUGUAGGUAUCUUGGUCCAUGGUCAUGAGACUCCUGUCAGAGAAUGGAAUGGCAUUCCCCCUUUGUAAAGA